AUCAGUGUCAUGAUGAUCCUGCAGCAGAUUCUGCGCCUUUCUUCCCUUUUCCGCUCUGCUGUUUCCGUUCACUUGCGCAGAAACAUCGGGCUUUCCGCUGUUGUCUUUAAUAAGACAAAAGAGCUCGAUCCAGUUCAGAAGCUGUUCUUGGACAAGAUUAGAGAAUACAACACGAAGAGCAAGCAAGCUGGAGGGCCUGUCGACACAGGCCCGGAGUUUCAGAAGGACAUGAAUGAGUCUCUUGCUAGACUUCAACGGGCAUAUGGUGGGGGAGAUCUAACCAAGUUUCCAGAAUUUAAAUUUGAGGAGCCCAAGUUUGAGGAGACUCCAAAGUGAUGGCUGCAGGUUGUACUCCAAACAGCAGUGUACAUCAGUGGAGUUGCUGAACAUGGCACCAGUUGUAACUUAAUAAAUGCGUUGUUGCAGUUUGAGUUCAGAA